CGCCGACCUGGGGCUCAGUCUGUGACACUCUGUACCAGCCAACAAGCUCCUGCAAACGAGGAAAGUGCAAGGUGCUCAGAGCAGCUGGAGCCUCCCUGGCACCGAGGAGCCAACGCCGGGACGUGGCACGCUGCGCCAGCACAUCGUCCCUCUCCCCCUGUCCCUAGGAGGUUCAGCGGUGCACCGUGAGCUUGAUCUACCCUGACCUGCUGCGGGACACGUCCCCGUGGAGCCCCACCAUCCACCCAUGCUGCGCUUCUUCUGGGACAGCAUCUCCUUCCAGAUGCUCCUCAUCUUCCUCGUCGUCUUCCUGCUCGUCGCUGACUACAUGAAGAACAGAAAGCCGAAGCAUUUCCCUCCCAGCCCCUUCCGCCUCCCCUUCGUGGGGCACAUCCACAUGCUGAACUUCAACGAUCCCCACAUCAUGGUGGAGAAGUUUACUAAAAAAUACGGGGACAUCUUCCACAUGCAGAUGGGCAGCACAUCAUUUGUGUGUGUAAAUGGGCUGCGGCUGAUUAAAGAAGUUCUUGUAAACCAAGCGGAAAACUUCAUGGAUCGCCCUGAAAUUCCUAUCGACAGUGAGGUCUUCAGCAAAAGGGGGCUUGUCUCCUCCAAUGGGCACUUGUGGAAGCAGCAGAGAAGGUUCACCUUGACCACCCUCCGAAACUUUGGCUUGGGGAAGAGGAGCCUGGAGGAGCGCAUCCAGGAGGAGUCACAAUGCCUUGUGGAUGCAUUUAGGGAUGAGCAGGGGAAUCCUUUCAACCCUCACUUUAAAAUCAACAACGCCAUUUCAAACAUCAUCUGCUCUGUCACCUUUGGCAACCGGUUUGACUACCAUGAUGAGGACUUCCAAAAAUUGCUGCGGCUGAUCGACGAGACGGUUGGCCUCCAUGCGUCCGUCACGAGCCAGCUGUACAACUCUUUCCCGUCUAUAAUGAAGUUCUUGCCUGGAUCCCACCAAACCAUUUUUAAAAACUGGAGGCUGUUGAAAAGUUUCGUUAGAGAGAAGAUCAACAAACACAAGGAGGACUGGAACCCCUCGGAGAGCCGGGACUUCAUCGAUAGCUACCUGCAGGAGAUAGCCAAGGACGAUGGCAGUGGCAGCUUCCAGGAGGAAAACCUCGUGGCGUGCACACUCGACCUGCUGUUCGCCGGGACCGAGACCACUUCCACAACCAUCCGCUGGGCUCUGCUGUAUAUGGCCAUGUAUCCGGAAAUUCAAGCCCGCGUGCACGCGGAGAUUGACGCAGUCAUCGGGCAGGGGCGGCAGCCAUCCCUGGAGGACAGGAACAACAUGCCCUACACCAAUGCUGUCAUCCACGAAGUGCAGAGGAAAGGCAACAUCAUCCCUUUCAAUGUGCCAAGACUGACGGUGAAGGACACGGUCGUGGACGGCUUCCAUAUACCAAAGGGCACUGUUUUGAUCACAAAUUUAACCUCUGUGAUGUUUGACAAGAACGAGUGGGAAACCCCCAACACUUUUAACCCUGGGCAUUUCCUGAAGGAUGGACAGUUCUGGAAAAGGGAGUCUUUUGUGCCGUUCUCUCUAGGGAAGCGCUCCUGCCUGGGUGAGUCGCUGGCCCGCGCCGAGCUCUUCCUCUUCUUCACGACUCUGCUCCAGAAAUUCACCUUCCAGCCACCCCCGGACACCACGCUCAGCCUGCAGUUCAAGCUGGGCAUGACGAUGACCCCGCAGCCCUACAAGAUCUGCGCCGUGCCUCGGUAGGGAAGCCUCGGCCACCAUCCUUGCAGGGACAAAUCCUUUGGCAAGGAUGUCGAACGGCUCCAAGGGAAAACAACCACCCGGCUCCUGGGAGAGGCUGGGCAGUCUGUUUGUUCCUUUUAAAGCCAUUGCAAAAUCAUUUUUCACAAGCGGACCGAGGUGAGCAGCCUGGGAUCUGCCAGGGCACUUUUCGGCUUGGGAUGCAGCACUGCAAAUGAAUGAGGGACGUGGGGCUUCUCUAGUUUAAUGAUGUACAGCCAUGCUUCACCAGGGCAGGAAAAUGAGAAACGCUUUAGUGAUUGCAGUGUGCAGGCUGUGACUACGUACUGUGGAAGAACAGUACCAGCCUUUGUUUUAUAACAUUAAUGCAGGUAUUAAUUGCAAACGUUUUUUGAUCUUGUUAUCCUUGACACGUAAUCCAUUAAAAAAAAGUCAUGCUGUAACAUCUCUUUCCCAUGCAUCAAUAAAUCCUUAUGAAAACA